UGGGGUUGUUCGCCGUCGCUGUUGCGGUUGUAGUGUCAGCCUCAUCUUCGCUGUCGCUUUGCUGUGUCAUCCCAACGACCUGACCACCAACUCCCCGCCGUCGCCGCUGCCGCUGCUAUCGGCCAAUUGUUAUUAUGGCUUAAAUCGCUUUUUUUUUAUUCGUACUCUAUGAAUUUUUGUUGUUGUUGUUAUGGAUGUUAAUGUUGCCGUUGCUGUUUCUUAUUUUUUCACUUAUUUUCAUCUUCGUUUUUGUGUCGCUGAAGAAGCGCCGAUCAGACAAUAAGGCACGUGAAAACCAAAAAGUAGUCAACGGUAUAUUUGCGAUUACAUCAAUUUUGCAGUGCAGCAACAGCAGCAUCAGCUUCAGCGCCGAUUAGCGCACGAAUAAACACAUAGAUACAAACGUAGAUAUCUUACAUAAAAUAAAAUAAAGAAAUAUUUUAUAAAAAAAUACUACAACGAAAAAUAGUGCAACAUUUGCACAAAAAAAAGAAAAACAGUGCAACAAAACCCAAAACGAAGAUAGUAGAGACUGACGCAGAAGCAAAAACAGAAGUAGAAAAAAAGCACGCCAACGUCAAGCCAACAGUGUCAGCCAGCAGUGACAGAAAUGCGACCUUUUAAAGAUUUUUCUGUCUUUAAAAUGGAAACCCCACCUUUUGAAAGCAAAUUCAUGUUCAGCGCUCUACUGCUCGUCACAUUUCUCAGCAUCAGCAGCGCCGAAGCGAGAAGCGAGAGUACACCAGCGCGCGUUUUAGCUAAACAAACCGGUGCCGCUCAAUUUGAAGAGGAACCCUAUGAGUCGCACACAGAUUGCAGCGACCACAAGCAUCAUCUGAAGAAGCGCUCUUCCGACGAGGAUGUUGACUAUGAGGUAUAUCAGGGUGUAGUCGGUAGGCCAGGUAUUGAUUUUCCUAUCUAUCCCCGCAUACCGAAGACAACAUUUAGUUGCCGUUCAUUUGGCAAUGGAUACUUCGCCGACAUGGAAACGGACUGCCAGGUCUUUCACAUCUGCGAAGAGGGUCGCAAGAUAUCGUUUCUCUGUCCGAAUGGUACCAUCUUUCAGCAAAGCGAACUCACUUGCGACUGGUGGUUCAAGGUCAAUUGCUUAGGUUCGCCAGGCUACUAUGCAGACAGCGCAGAAAUACUCAACAAACAGCGUGUGCAGCGCAUACGUCCCUCCGUACCGGUGCAGGGCUUCAAUAUUGUUGGCGGUGGUCUGAAUAUCAAACCUAAAGUAAACAAUCAAGUACCGCGUCCACGACAGUCUGCAAAACCGGAACGACGUUUCGACUCGAAUGAAGAGCCUUCGCUGGAAACGGUCGACUUUGAGGAUAUUUCGGGAGAGAAGCAAUUGAAGGGGGAAAAGACGCAGAUACCGGCGAGCAUCGAUAACAACAACAAUAAUGAUGAGACGCAAAUAGCGGCAGAAAGUGGAUCUUUUGUGGAUGGACGGAGACGCAAUAGUUUUGGAUAUGACAAGCCAAAUGUGGAUGCGGUGGAAGUAAAGUCGGCAGAAACCCGUACGAGAAAUAAUGGACGGAAUAGCGCAUAUGUGGAUGGACGGCGCGGCACUGGUAGCAACAAUGUAGAUAGCAGUAAAAAUGGCAAUGUAAAUGGUAAUGGAAAUAGUAAUGGAAAUGGAAUAGGAAAUGACAGUGGAAACGCAAAAGGUAACGGCAGCGGAAGUGGAAAUGGCAAUGACAAAGGAAAGGGAAAAAGCAAUAGAAAUGGAAAUAAUAGUAACAAUGGUGAGAGUAGCAACGGUGAUAGCAACAGCGAUCGUUCCGCUCCUACACGCAGUGGCUACAUUUAUCAGAAAGAAUCGACCGAGCGUGCACGAGAUGGUAAACGUGGCCAACAGCGUUAUCGUGAGGACUCGAAGCCUCAACUUGGUUCAUCAGAAUCUAGAGAAGUCAGUAUAGAGAGUCGUGAGUACAACAAAAAGCCUUCACUCCUUGAGAAGCCACUCCGACAAGUAACUCCGGUUGAGGGUCGCGCCAAAUCACGCUCUGGUACUUCAAUUAAGGCAGAAACAGACACGGACUCGAAUGAGCCACGAUACUCGACACGCUUUGCAGAGUCACGUUUACAAAACACCACACCAUACCACUCAAUCGGUACAUAUUCGACAGCACGACGACUGGAUACGACUCGCAGCACACCAUUCUAUACACCAACAGUACCAACGGUGGCUAAGUCAAAGACAACCGAAGGUAAAGGAUUUUACAUUAAGGGUUCUCCGGUCGUUGGAUCGAAUAUUGUAGCCUCCACACCGAAUCCAAAUCGCUAUAACGUCGGCACCGAGUCACCAAUUGGAUCCAAAAGAAGAGUGAGUUCACAAGAAACCACAACAAUAGCAUCACCUAUUACAACGCUUCGUCCACUCAUUAUUGGCAUGCGUUACAAUAAAGAAUCAUCUGCCGAAAAAUAUAAAGCAAUAAAGAAUUCAUUCGACGCCGACUUAUCAGUGCAGCGGUCAAGAAAGCGUCCGGACUCAGCAGAUCUUAUUACAACUUCGACAACACCAGCGCCCACGGGACCCACAUACUUGCCCCAUAACGCUGGUCGUCCGAAAGGUACAUCGAAUGCAGGUGGUGACGAUUUUCUCUUUGCACCGCAACCAGCCGUUGAAAGCGAUAACUCGGUUACCCGCAAUGUACAGGAAAUGAUUAAAACUAUUAAUCUGCUGAACACCAAGUUUGAUGAUGUUGACUUGUCCAAAUACCAAGGACAAACGCGCGAAGGCUUAGAGAUACCACCCUCUUCUGGCCCUGAUGCUUUAGUUUCACUGGCCAAGUACUUUGCAGGUGAACAGAAUGCAGCAUCAAGCAACUCGGUUAGCGCCUCAGCUGACAACAAUGGCAGAUCGGGUACCGACCAAAACAUACCCAUAACCACGCUUUCCACAUUGAAGUACUCGGUUAAGCCCAUCAAAGUCUCUGAGAGCGCAACUGAUUCGACAGCCAACACCACACCCGGUGUAAAUACAAAGGCAGAUGAUAUACGUGCCAGUCUAUUAAGUGAACGUACAGUCAAUAAGUACUCAACUCUAUUCGGUUUGCAAGAUGCCGAAAGUAGACAAGCAACAGAUGAUAGCAAAGGAAUACCAAGUGGUACAAAUUCGACAAGCACACCAAGUGAUAAAUUCAACCUUUUCCCACAAAUAGGUACAACUGGUGCGACGAUUAGUGAGCUAGCAGAAGCACCAGACUCACGACAAAUCGCACAUGUAUUCUCGGAAGCGAUCUCCAGCUACUUAGAGGAUCCCAAAACAUUCCGUGCACAGCUUGAAGCAGUUAGACCAACGGAACCCACAAUAGUAAGCGGCAAACCAAACUUUGAGCCCAUCACCGUCACCGACCGAUCGCUCUUUAACUCAGGCACCGCCGCCACUUAUCUUCCCACCCAAUCGCCAGCAGCUACCGAAUCGACUGCUACUGCAUCCAGCAUUGCUGCCGAGAUUAAUAGUAGCUUUGACUUUUCCACGCCAUCCAAUGAUUUAUUGAGUACCACAGAAGUACCCGAUACGACAACUUUCAGACCACGCUUUGGUGACGCACGACAACAACUGAGACAACAGAUAUCAGCUAAAUUAGCACCAGCUUCCGACGACUCGAACGAACAUGAGGAGUUCCUUCACGGUGAACACACCCAUUCGUUUGUUAUGCAACGCAAUAAUUUCAAUGCAUUUAAUGGUAAAAUUAGUGCAGCUUAUGUCGAGACGGAAAACAAACCAACCGAGAAUCCCUGGAACCACAUUUCACAGACUGACUUCCUCGAUCCACUCACAAUCAAUGAUGGGCUCAUGAAGGAAUCACGCACCAGCACCAUUAGUUCAUUGAGUUUUGCGAAAACAGAAACAACAACACUAGUCCCGGACACAACAUUGCGCGGCCAGCAGAGUGUGCUUGCAGCAGAUCUACAACGCACUACAGGGCGUACCAACGAGCAGUACACACGCAUCGGUUCCGCUGAGGAGACUACACGCCACACCACUGUCACACACCAAUCACCCGAAUUUGACUCAUGGCAAGAACUAUUCCACACAUAUAAUCUGCCACAAGAGUCACUACCAUCCAGCAACGGAUUGCAACGCAUCGCCAACAAGCUCUUCGGCGGCCUCAACGAAUCGGAAGCAUUGCAUUUGAAGAAUGUUAUGCAACAGGCGGAACAUAAUCGUCAGGUUUUAAGCCUGCUUUUGCUACUCAUACAGACAUGUGACGAUCAGAAUGGCAAGGCAUUAGAGCGAUCACGCAAGCAUCUCUUGAAUGCGCUCAUCGACAUGGAUAGUAAGUUGGCUUCCAAUGAGAGUGGCAAGACGUCGCAUCAGAAAGGAGAUAAGGUAGCAGCGGCGGCGGUAACGCAGUCAGUGGUUACAACUACUUCGCGCACGGCAGAGACCACAACCAAUUCUCCGGCGCCCGCUGCCAGCACGAUCACAGAUGUCAGCACGUGGACAACAACAUUACCGCCAGCCAUCACACAGUCAAAUGGCAGCGUAGAAGAGACGACGAAAUUCGAAAUACGCGUCGAGGAUCCGGAGGAGAGCACUGCCAGCAGUGCCGGCAGCAAUGGCGGCAGUAGCAAUUCGGAUGAACGCGCCUUGGAGCUACUCAAGUCAUUAUACUCAUUGGCCUCGAAAUUCAACAGCAAACGAUAAAACUGGCGAGCGGCAACGAAAAAACAAAAAUAAAAAGGCACGAGACUUGUUGGAUGCGACACUAGUGCUCUACUACAUACAUAUAUUGCCACUUUGUACAUUGAGGUCUGUCAUCAGUCGUGAAUCGGCAGUCGCGUUUAAUGUCUACUCGCUGAUCGAAUACUUCGCAAUAAUUGCUUAAUCAAGCGAAAAUACUUUUAUUUCUUUCUUCCAACCUUUUGGGUUAUUUAAUUCCAUUUGUACCAAUUUAAUUUCAUGAUUUUUUAUUCUAUUUGAUUAUUUGUAUUUCUUAUAUUUGUAUUUAAUUUAAUUACCCUUAUUUGCUAUUUUUAAUUUUAGCUAAUAUUUUUUAAGUACCCGCAGACUAGGUUGAAAUUGUAUUACGCAGUGGAAGUUAAAUUUUACGAAAUGAAAAGAGUUUACUGUUCAAAAUCGUUAAGAAUGAAGAAACGAUGCUUUUGUUUAAUUAUAACGUUAAAUAAUUUUUUUUUGUUUUGUAAAUAAUUUUAAAUGUUUACUACUCGAUAUUUUAGCUCAACAGCAUAUGCAGACCGUUUUGCAUUUGUAUUGUGGAAAAUCGAAAAUGCUCAAAUUACGUAUUUUAUUGUACCAAGCGCUUUAUUUCUUAUAAAAACUUUCGAGAUUAUUGAAAUGCAUUUUUUUUUUUAUUAUUUUUGUAUUGCUUUUUGCGAUACGUCCUCUUAUGCUUUAUUUAAAAAAUUACUUAAUGUUGCCGUCGCUCGUGUAAAUAUUUAUUACCUUUUAGAGACACGUUUCAUUCUGCCACACUGUAAUAUUUUUUUCUUGUAUAUUAAUACCAACAAUUUAUACAAUGAACGA